GUGGGCGGCAGCAAAGCAUAGACUUGUACACCAAGUCCUUUGUGUAGUAUCGCCACGCCCCCAUUUUCAGCCUUCGACACAGUUCACAGAACAACCGAGUGUCAGCAAACAAGCGAUCAGCUGCGACACAAUUUUUUAAGGUAGACAAUAACAACAAAGCAACAAGUACGAGCGGGAAGUGUAUGUUUAUUGCACAAUUAAUUUCGGUUGAGUAUAAAGGUACAGUAUACAUGCUAUUGAUGGUUGUUGUGUAUUUCACAGAUUUGAACUACAUUAGUAGGACAAAAAAUCCCGAAAUUUUGGGACGGAGGAAACAAUUACUGGACGAAGAAAGGCCCGCUCUUCUUGACAACAGGCUGGAUACAAGAUACCACGUGCGGAAAUAGCUCGUCUGUUUUGUUUUUAAGGGUGGGGGAUUAAACGGAAUGGCAGAACUUAACAGCAGCAAAUACACUUCUUGGAAUACUACUAGUGUAUACGAGGUAGACACGGCAUAUGCUGCCCGCUGUCUUCUUACUUUAGCUGCAGCGAAAAACAGAAAAGCACACUCCGAACUGUCUGCCGUCUCGGGCCUAAAACGCGAGUCUGAACAGGAAACGACUAAGCACGGUGGCGAAGAAAACAACAAGAACGAUAGCGAGGUGUCAGUAGUAUCGGUAGCCCGUAUUCUUGCCGAUUUGAAGUGUUUUUCCCCUUCUCAUUCUGACUGUCCUCCGUCCCCUACAAAUUCAUUGGACUGCUACUCUGGGGGUUGUUUAGAGAAUUUUGAUAGUGGGUAUUCGGAGAGCGACCAGUCUAGGUCUGGAACACCUGUCGAGAUGGAUAAGCAACGUGGUGGAGGGAAACAAAGGACCAGGCGAAAUCGGUCCCGAAGUAACAGUGGCAAUCAAUUCAACACGAAGAAACAUGAGUGUCAUUAUCCAAAUUGUUCAAAGGUUUACGGGAAAUCAUCUCAUCUUAAAGCUCACCUGCGAACACAUACGGGUGAAAGACCAUUCCCAUGUACCUGGACAGAUUGCAACAAACGCUUUGCAAGAUCAGAUGAACUCGCCCGUCACUACCGUACCCAUACCGGUGAGAAGAAGUUUGUAUGUCCACUGUGUGAGAAACGAUUCAUGCGUAGCGAUCAUCUCAUGAAACAUGCCCGUCGGCAUCCAGAUUUUGAGCCGUCAAUGAUUCAGCGCCAGAGAGAUACUCGUCAAUAAAAUAGCAUAGAGUUGUAUUGUAAAAUAAAUUUCAAAUGGAUGCAGUAGCAGACAAAUUUCAGUGUUAUUUAUACCAGUUGCAAAUGGUAAAAUUACAUUUGAUCAAGAUCAAAAUAAGACUAUCUUGCCAGCAAUAGUCUUCUUUUCUGUUUUCCAAAAAAUACUAGUUAGAAAAUAUUCAGACCAAUCAGAGCUUAGUAAUUUCCUUCUCUACACAAAAAUUUAAAAAAAAUCACAGCUGUGAAGCUUUCUGUACACUCUAGUUUUCCGUAACAAAUAUACCCAUACUGUAUGGUAUGUUGCAAUUCAUAAAAACCAUGGCAACUCACAGAUAUUUUUUAUAUAAAACUUGAUAGGGUUGGCAUAUCUUUUAAAAAUCAAAGGUGGUGCAAAGUCCUCUCAUGCACUUUAUUUAUUUAUUUUUUUUUUGUAAAGAAGGAAAAUACAUUGCUCUAAUUGGUCAGUAUAAUUUCCCCUUAGUACUUUGAAAAUGAAAACUAAAGUCCCAUGUAUUUUGGGUUUUAAAAUAAUAACCACUGGGCUAAGUAUGAAAUUCACCUUUUCAAACAUACAUCGUACAAGUAUUUUGGGUUCCUCAGAAAUGCAAAAAUAUAAUACAUCUUUUUAGGUUGGUUGAGCUUGGGAAACCCAGAUUACUGAUUGGUUUUAAGAAGAUUUUUAAAGAACAAGUUUCAAAUGCUGCCAUAUUUUAAGUAGCUUGAGGUAAUAUAAUAUUUAUGAUGGGUUGAGAUGGUAACGCACUGUGUCAGCACUGUGUCAAACUACUGUUGGCGGAGAGAUUCGUCUGUUAGUUUGUAUGGAUAUUGAACUGAACUCUAGGCAUUUACUCCAAUUUACUAACUUAUGCAUUUUUCUAUCUUUAGGCCUUUAAUAAUUUUAAUAUUAAAUUAUAUUCUGUAUAGUAAAAUCUUCAGUUUAAGAUAUUUUAUGGAAUAGUUAGAUUAAACUAAGUUGUAUCUUUUAACUUAAUUCUUAAACUGAAGUAUUAUGAGUCAUUCCUUAGUCCUAUAAGGUAACCUGUAGCUAAUAUUUAUCAAUACAUAUGAACAUUAUUCAUUGCAAUUUGUAUAACUAAUUACGUGUGUAGAUUGUUCUAAAUAUUUUGCUCAAAAAAAAACCAUACCUGGCUUUGUGGUUAAAGUUGUUUAUAUUGUGCUGAAUGAUGAUGAUCUAGUCUGCUAGAUGUUCAUUUUGUAAUGCAUGUACUGUAUUUAUGAAGCAUGCCCUCUAUUUCAAGUAGGUUCAGAAAAGUGUCAAGCUUAAUAGUAGAUUUCCUGUUUUGAGGCACAUAGCAAUUAUUAAUUAAGAAAUCUAUGAAUGUAGGCCAACAGGAGGUUUGUUACUCUAUAUCAAACUCCUCCCCAGUCCCAACCCAUAGGGCAUUAUGUGGAAUUGCAGUAUAUAUUAAAGGGAGCAGUGCCUGCUAAAAUAAUUGCAAUGUUUGUUUUUUUAAUGGAAUAUGUAAUUUUUGGCAGCCCUCUGUGUGCUCUGCUGUGCAUGCUCUGUGUACACUCCCAUUGCCCCACUCCCAUGUUAAUAACCUAGAGGGUCAUGUUAAUUUUUUUUAAUGAAUGUUUAAUGUUUCAAUGUUAAUCUUUAGUAUGCUGUCACAAUGGUUCUAACAAUGUGAUGGUUUCUGUACAUUUUGACCAUAAUGAUAAGGAUAAAUUUAACAUUAUAAUGAUAUUUACAGAAAGAAAAAGCUGUAAAUAUACUAGUAGUGCCAACAAAAACAAGGUAAACUAGACAAAGAAAUAACCUGCAGUGCAUCGUCCUGAUGUUGUGUAUAAAAUUACUUGAUAAUGACAUCACAAACAUAACAUUAACAAAUGGUAAAGUAGAUUAUAUUGAUAAGUAGAUAAAACAUGGUUGAUAUGAAUUAAUGAAAUGAACGGAAUAGAAUGGUAUGGAAGGGUAAUUUUUAAACAGAUGGAAGGUAUAGUUGAUUCAAAAACAUGAAAUAUGUAGAAAUGUAUGCAGCUGAUAUGAAAAAAAAACAGCUAAUGUACUGUAUGUAUGGUAAAGAUGGGUGCUAAACUCAUGUAUUUUAGACAAAUAAAAGUGCAUUUUGUGCAAUUGAAUGGUGAAGAAAGGUAUUGAACCUUGCUAUAUAAUCUGCAGGUCAGGUUAUAUAAUCAUGGUGCCAAAAGAAAGGGUAUUGUCUUAUUUUUUUGCUAAAUGCUGUAAAAUAAUGUAUGCCAUAGAUGAAAGGUACGGAUUGGUAGUACAUUACCUGGCUUUGAUUUUGUUUAUAGUUUUCAUGUAUAAUAUAACCCUAUAUAUAAUCUAGUUUUAUAGUAAGUAUAUAUUCUGUAUAUAUAUUUUGAUUGUGAAAAUCUAUUGUUUUUGUUUUGUUUUUUUUCAAAAAUCUUGUUUCUGUGAUGGAAUGUAAAGAAAAGCAAGGUAAAGGUACUUAAAAUGAAUUUAUCCUAACAGCUUCAUAGCUAUAGAUGUUUUAAUUUUGUUAGUAUACAGUAAUUUAUUUAUUAAUACAAUAUUUGAAGAUAAUGCCACUAACAUAAAUAAGAUAACUUUUCAAGAAACUGCAGUAGUAGAUUUAUUUUCUUAAGUCCUUUUUUUCACUUCGUCUUCAAGUUCAUAGAGUUGGAGAAAGAAUGUUUCUUUGAGACGGGUAUGAUUAUGGUAUCAAGAGAGUUGAAAUGAUAUCUCAUUUGUAUGACAAUUAUUUGAAACAGAAAUAAAAGACCAUUUACAUUUUUACAAACAAAAA